AUGCUCCAAGACCUUGGUGAGAAGCUUAUGGGGAGUAUUAAGAAGCUCUCCGAGUCGAAGACCAUCGAUGAGAAAGUUUACGUAACCUUCAUGGCCGAAGUUGCGAAAAGUCUCAUCGCGGCCGAUUGUUCCAAGGAGAUCGUUUUCGAUUUUUCACGCAGAUUGAAGGACAGCAUCAACUUCAAAGAGAUUCCACCUGGUCUUUCAAUUCGUCGUGUUAUAGAAAAAGCAGUUUUCAAUGAAUUAGUUAAAUUAAUUGAUCCUGGCAUUCCUGCAUACAAACCACAGAAGAAGAUGCUCAAUAUUUUCAUGAUGGUUGGUUUGCAAGGUGCUGGUAAGACUACAACCGUCACAAAACUUGCAAAUUUCUACAAGCGUCGUAACUGGAGAACAGGCGUUAUUGCAGCAGAUACUUUCCGUGCUGGUGCUCGUGAACAGCUCAUGCAGAACGCUCAGACAGCCAGAAUUCCUUAUUUCGUUGAUUUCACAGAACAAGACCCAGUUCAGGCCGCCCUGAAAGGUAUCGAAAAGUUCAGGAAGGACAAGUACGAGAUCGUCAUUAUCGAUACAUCCGGUCGUCACAUGCAAGAAGAAGCUCUUUUCGCCGAAAUGAAGGCGUUAGCAGCCGCUGUUAACCCUCACGAGAUCAUUUUCGUUAUGGAUGGUACAAUUGGUCAAGCCGCUUACGACCAAGCCCUUGGUUUCAAGAACGCCGUCGGUGUCGGAUCAAUCAUCAUCACAAAGCUCGAUUCCAACGCUAAAGGUGGUGGUGCCUUAUCAGCUGUUGCCGCUACGAACUCACCAAUCAGCUUCAUUGGUUCUGGUGAACAAUUUACAGACCUUGAAUGGUUCGAUCCGAACUCAUUUGUUUCCCGUCUUCUCGGUAUUCAAGAUCCCGGUGUCAUCCAGCGCACUCUCGAAGAAAUUGAUAAGGAAGCAAAUAAAGAAAUCGCGGAACAUAUUCAAAAAGGCCAAUUCUCGUUCAGAGAUCUUUACAAUCAAUACAAGAUGGUUCUCGAUGUCGGUAACUUUAACUCUAUGCUCGAUUCUAUUACAAUUGCCCAAGGAAUUAAGCCUGGCAUGAAGAAUGAUCCAGAACAUACAAAAGAUACCGUCAAAAGAAUCCUUGUCGUCAUCGAUGCGAUGUCUACAUCCGAAAUAGAGAACCCUCUUCUCUUCAAAAACGAUGAAUCUCGUAUCGCAAGACUUUGCUCCGGAUCUGGAAUGCCUCCGCCAUUUGUACAGUACGUGAUCAACGAGCAGCGUCGUUGGGAGACAAUGUUCAAGAGAAUGGACAAGAAGACUCUCGCAUUGAUGUCUCAGACCGAACAACCGAACUUCGCAAAUGAAAGACAGUUCAAGGAACAAGUCAUGAAGAUGGCCAAGUCAAUGGAUAAGGAAAUGCUCAGAUCUGUCGGUGGAAUUGAAGGUCUCGAGGCUUCAAUGAGACAGGCAUGGGUGGCUGGAAAGAAUAAGAAGAAGUAA